AUGGCUCAAACGGCCGGUGUAAAGCCUAUGACCAUUGCUGGUCGAGUGGCAUCAGAAAGGGAAAGAUGUAUUGGAAUGACUGACGCUGAACGACAGUGGCGGAAACAGUGGUUAAAGGAUCAAGUAUUGGCUCCAAAUGAACCUGUGCAUGUUGAAGAAUACUGGAAAGAACGUACGAAUCCUAUACGUCGUUUGUAUCGCAAACCUUUAGAUGCUCUAUUUGAAAAACUAUCACCUGUUUUGGGAGUGAAUCGCGCGGCAGAUUAUAGAUAUAUCACAGGAAAACUUGGCUUGAUUGCUGUUGGUGUGUUAGCAACCCAUUACUAUUUUAAAUAUGGAGGAAAUGACUGGACUAAAAAGGGAGGCUGGAGAGUGGUGACAUCAAAACCAAUUGUUUUGCCUGGUCAACCUAGAUUUCCUUUCAAAUCUGAACGAGCUAGUGAUGCCGAUUAUGCUGACAGGGGUUUCAAAGAUUCUGUACUUGUUAAGUGA